CGCGGUUCUCGAGGAAGACACUUUGUCUCUUCCUUUCCUACUAUCCCCGAUCACUUAAUCGGGGGCGCUAUGACGAAUGAAGAAUUCGACGACCAGAUUUAUUCUGGUAGAGGAGACGCUAAUUUCCCCACUCUUGAUAGUGUAUUCGAAGAUGUUGAUGAAGCAGGGCUGGAUAAUCUAGACGGGGACGAGGAGCCUACACCGCAGAGCAACGACGUCAACGUGGAGGCAGGUGAGCCCGAGACCUCUCGAGGUCCGGACAAAGGUAAAAAAAAUAUAAAUCAGAUUUAUUUGUUUAUCAUUUUGACAAAGACACAAAAGAUGGCGUAGUUUAUGGAACUUGUAAACAUUGCGGGACCGUCAUAAAAAUGGGAGUUUCCGGCGGUUAUGGCGGUCCAGAAAAACACCUAAGGUCGAGGCAUCCCGUGGAGUACGCCAAAUACGAGGCAAAAAAGAAUGGACGACAAGAAGUGCAAACCCAAAUUUCUCGGUUUGCUAACAGAGGGACUAGAAGCUAUGGGCGGAGUUUUGACGAAUAUUAAAGAAGGAAUUAAAAGAAUUUGGGGGGCUCGUCUUGUUUCGAGGUCCUAGAAGAUGUUCUGUAAGUCUAAGGGUAGAAAAGAAAUAGUUUUUGCCAAAGAUAUCCACAUUAGAUGGAAUAGUACUUACAAAUUGAUUCAUCAGAUUCUAAAAUAUAAAGAGGAACUUGCUGAAUUUUUUAGGGAUGAACUUCGUAUAAUCAUUGAUCCCUUUGAAUUUGUUAUUGUUGAAAAAUUGAAUGCCGUAUUAGAAGUUUUUAAUAACGCAACUCUUACUUUUUCUCAUGUUUACCAACCAACUACAAAUACAUUUUUAAAAGAUUGCGUUACAAUCGCAACAUGUUUUCGUGAAAGUAAGGCUGAUCCGGAUUUGUACCCAUAUGUCUCUCCUAUGAUAGAAAAAUGGUGUGCUUAUUAUUUGUACAUUUCUGAUAUUUAUAAAAUAGGUAUUAUUUGUGAUCCACGCUUUAAGAUUGAAAAUUUUAAAAUUUUAAUUGAGUAUUACUACAGUUGUUUUUUAGAUGAAAAUAGUUAUUACUACAGUCAUUUAAUAGAAUGGAAAAAAGAAAGAGAUAAUGCUGUAACUUUUUUUGAGAAUUUGUUUGAGGAAUAUCAAGGGUUAUACGACACUGUACAAGAAGAAACAGUACCACCUCCGCCCCCGAAAUCAAAAAAAGGUUUUGCCAGAAUAGUCGGUGGUCUUCUUGCAAAGAAAGGGAAGCGUGCUCAUUCUUCGACGAGUUCAAGUGGUACAACAGUAAGCUCGCACAACGAACUUGCUAUGUACCAGGGUGUGCCAUGCGAUUACGAUGACGACGACGUGGAUUUUGACGUGCUCGGAUGGUGGAAGCGGAACGAACACAUGUUCCCAUGUCUUGGCAUGCUAGCAAGACAAGUGUUAUCCGUUCCGGUAUCAACCGUAGCAGUUGAACGAGAAUUCAGUGCUGGCGGCAACAUUCUAACCGACUAUCGAAGUUGUCUUAGCGCUGAAUCUCUUGAAACACUGGUUUGUAACCAAGAUUGGCUCUUGGCAAGACGUCGAGCUCAAGAGGCUUCGUACCAACUCGAAUCGGAGCAUUACAUGAAUGCAACAACAGAUGGAAGUCCAAGUUCUGAAGAAUAAGUUAUAAUUUUUUUUAUGUUAAUGUAAAUAUGUAAUUAGUUUUUUUUAGGUGAGCGAUAUAUAAGCUCCUUCGAGGGUUUCUUCACGGUUCUUUACCUCGUCGCUUUUUUUGAACCGUCAGGAUAUUAAAUGUGGUUGUUCUUC